AUGACUCCUGUUCGAGAAAAGAGGAGUCGUCUAGUCACUCGGCAUCUCAAAUGUGACACCGAUUCCCCUAUCUGUCAUCACUGCAAACAAGCUGGGAUCGAUUGUGAUAGAAGCUUCAAUGUGAGGUUUCGUGAAGGCUUAGAUCUGAACAAUGACCACGACAUUGUAUUUCCAGAAAGAGGCAUUUGGCCACAUCCGAGAGGGCCCCUUCAAUUCCACGAUGAAACUAUCGCUAUCAAAGAGCUAUACUGUGUCGAUAGCUCGGAUACCUCCUUUCACCCCAAUGGCACCUUAGACUCUUUGUACGAUUCCAGCUUUAAAGCCCCAGCUGGGCUAUAUCCGAGUCCUGAUCAGUUUGAACUGCCGGUGUCGGAGCCUCCCUCGGGGCCUCAAUCAUCUACAAGUCCUUCCACACCACACCUUUAUAGUGAGGAUCUUCUCUUAGUCAUAUUGUCUCUUGACGCCUUAGUUUGGCACAUUUCAACUAACCGUGUGUUCGGUAACGGAGCAGCUUCUCAAACCCAAGGGAUACACUUGUACCAUGGAAACGAUCCUGGGCCUAGUUUACCUUCAUCGCCGCAUAGGAAUAUGCAUGAGAGCAGAUCCACCGAUGCUCAGAAUACCUCUUUCAGUGGGAGGGAGGCCGCACUUAUACGCAACUAUGUCGACAAUAUGGCCCUUUGGGCCGAUAUUACCGAUCCCCAACGACAUUUUGAGAUCGAAGUUCCAUUGAGGGCACUUGAGGAGCCAGUAUUACGUUAUGCAAUCUUUGCGUUCUCUUCUCGACAUAUAGAUAGACAGAGACAAAAAGACAUAUCGGAAGCCCUACAAUACCAUAACCGUUGCCUCCAGCUUCUGAUUCCCGUUUUGUCGGGACCCAGAAACAGUAUCACAGAUACGGUUCUUGCUGCGGUCGCGAUUCUCCGGCAGCAUGAGGAAAUGGACUGUGAGGACAAUCAGUUCCAUUUGACAGGGACAACACAGAUCUUGAAUACAGUAUCAUCAUUCGGAUCGAGCGGAGGUCUCGGUGAAGCAGCAGCUUGGUUAUGCUUGCGCGAGGACAUUUACAUAUCACUCAUUUCGCAACGACCAUUACAAACGGAUUUGCACCGUUUCAAAAAUUCGAAUGUCUUCUGCCGGGAGGACGAUUUUGCUUGGGCGAGUCGUAUGGUCUUUCUUCUAGCCAAGGUACUCAAAUAUGCAUUUAAUUAUGAUCGCACUGUCAAUCCUUCCAUGUUAGAAGACAUUGGUGAGGAGAUCGAGAAUUGGAAUACCAGGAAGCCGCCCACAUUCCAGCCCAUCCAACAUGUUCCUCGUAGCAAUGAGGUGCAUAGAAGAUUUCCGGAAAUCUGGAUGCUGCUGCCCGUCCACGUGGUUGGCGUUCAGUAUUACCAUAUCGCUAAAAUCAUACUCGCAUUUUCCUAUUGUCCGAGCCCAUCUCUGGCAUACGAGAGCUUCAAGCAAUCGCGCAACAUAGAGAAAGUCGUUCGAGGCCACCUUCUUACUGUGCUUGGCUUAGCAAAGUCCAAUCCACGGGCCGAAAACACUCUUUUCACCGCGCGGCAUAGUCUAGUUUCUUGGGGUUGGAUACUCCGACAUAGGCAAGAUCAGGAGGCUGCCGAGAAUUUGUUAAGAGACGUGGAGACAAGGACUGGCUGGGACGUGUCCCAAUCAAUUCAAUCACUGAGAGAGCAGUGGUGUGAUGGAUCCGAUGAUAAUUGA